AAAAAGUCCCUCCUCCUCCUCCUCCUAGCCCUACAUCCCUCAACCAUCUCGAUUCCCGGCGACGUCGGCCAUGUCAUACCAGACCCUUGAGCUGACGUUGAUCUCGGCGAGCGAUCUUAAGAAGGUGUCAUUCUUCUCUCGCAUGCGCGUCUAUGCCGUUGCCUCCAUCUCCGGGGCCAACUCCUGGAUGCCUACCCAUGGCACCCAAGUCGACCACAACAAUGGCCAAAAUCCCACAUGGAAUGCCAUGCUCCAUUUGCCGAUCCCUGCAUGUGUUGAUACUCGCGGGCUCGCCCUCCAUGUGUUGCUACGCUCGGAGGCGCUCCUCUUCGGCCACCAUGACGUUGGUGAAGUAUUUGUGCCCCUUAAUGAUCUUUUGGCAGGCACAAAUAACACUAAUGACCCAAAGACCAUGAGCUACCAAGUGCGGCGACCCUCGUCUGGCCGUGCCCACGGCGUUCUCUACUUGAGCUACAAGUUCACCGGCAUCAAAGCUGCUUCCGCAAGCGCUACAGAUAACAAACAAGGGCAGUAUGUCAAGUACUCUGGGGGCUCUGAGGUGGCAAUGCCCAAACCCAUGGUGCCCGUCACCGCAUACCCACCACCGCAUGCCACAUUUUCAUACCCACCGGGUGUACCUUACGGUGCACCAAACGCAGUGUAUCCACCACCGUACAUGUAUAAUACUGCUCCAGCACCGGCAACAAUGUAUGGGUAUGCGCCAGCAACGACUAUGGCUGCACCAGCAAGGCAUGCGGGAGGGAUGGGAAUGGCUCAGAGGCCCGUGGUGGCGUGGAGGUGCUGCUUCAAGGUGCAGGUAUGGUCGAUCUGGUCUCCGACGGUCGUGAGAGCGCGCAUCUGAUGCAUGCUUGGCUGCGGGCGGCAGCCAUGGUGGUUGCAGUCUCGGGCGGUGCACCUCCUUUCAUUGUUGGCAUGGUGCUCAGCAGGGCACGGCGGUCCGCUGCGUCCGGUGGCUCAGCUCUUGGUGGCCUUUCAUGGAUCUGGAAGCUGGCUCUUGUGUUUGGUCGUCGAUGCUCUCCGCGAGGUGCGGUUGGCUACGGCGGCAGCUCCUUCGUCGACGGGCUAGUGCGGUGGUGGUGGUUGGUGGGCUUGCCGGUGUCGGUGUCGGUGCGGGAUGAUGUGCGGUCGAGGUGGCGUGGGAGCUUGGAUGAAGACCCUGUCUCGGCUUUGUGCCGUGGCGAGCGAUGGCGGCGGUUGUGGCUGUCGUUGACCUUUCUGGAGGCAUCGCUGCUUUGCUGCCACACCCGUAACGCACGGAUCCGGCCAUCUCGGCCUCUCCAGGGGAAACCCUUGAUCUUAUGAUCGGACAAUGGCGGCGUCUUGGUGUCGUUUUCCCCUCUUGAGGGCUUUGUCUCAGAGCUCAGCAUCGGCAAGCGGGACAGGUGGUUUGCGGCGGUUGUGGGGUCCAGGCUUCUGCGGCAACAAAGACGGUGGGAGCGAUAUCGGCGACGUGGCAAUGGUUGAGGUAGUCGGCUCUUCUCCGGCGUGUCCGCGGGAUGUCCUCGAUUUGUUUGCUGCUAUGAAGUCGAAGCUGUUGCGGUGGGGUCCUGUGGUGUACAAUGACUGGUUGCAGGUGGUCCUUUCGGCAAUAUCCUGUGGCACCAGUCGUGCCUAGUUUUGUCCUUUACUUUCUUCGUCAAAGUCGGAGCUGCGUUGUUUGGUCGCAGGUGGCUGUUUGGCGCGGAUCUUCAUUCAUCUUCACUCGGCCUCUACAAUGUGGUUGAGUCGACGAUCGUCUAUGACGAAGUCGGAGUCGUUUGCUCCGAGUUUAGGGAUGGCGAUGACGUCUCUAGGAGAGGAGUGAUGACGAUAGCGCCUGCGUGCUAUCUUGACGAGACCCUCUUUGGAGUGGUAUGUGGGGGGUAUCUUAUUUGUGCCGCUUAGCGGUUGUGAUGGUUUUUGCCCGGUUCUUCAUAAUUAACUGGGCAACCUGGUUUUUGGUUGGUUUUUUUUAAUUUGGAAGAGCAAAACAGGCAUUUCGUUGGAACUCUGAAGGGAUUCCUGCUUCCAACAUUUGCUCGCUGAUUUGCAGAGCAAUUAGCACAGAACUCCCUGA